UAUCGAACCUAUCGUCUUCCAAUCCACCACACUUGGGUCUUUGCAGAGCAAAUUCGCGCCCCGUGUUCAAUACGGUUUCCACUGUUGUGAAGGGUUUGUUCGAAAGCUCCGUGCGCUAGCUUCAAUUUUGUCGUAAGCAAAAUCUAAAAAAAAAAUCAACCGAAGAUGUUCGUGUCGACAGUCUCUCGCAUUGCCCCCGUUGCCAGGAGCGCUCUCCUCGCCAACUCCAAGCAGUACCUGCGACCAUUGAGCAGCGCCGUCAUCAGCCAGAGCCAGACUUUGGCCGCUCAGAACACAACUCCCGUUGCAUUACUGCCACAGAUCAGGUCAUUCCAGACCUCGCCAGUCACUCGUGACAUUGAUUCUGCUGCCAAGUUCAUUGGUGCUGGUGCUGCAACAGUCGGUGUCGCUGGAUCCGGUGCUGGUAUCGGAACAGUAUUCGGUUCCCUCAUCAUCGGUUACGCCAGGAACCCAUCGCUGAAACAGCAGCUGUUCUCCUACGCCAUUCUGGGCUUUGCCCUGUCUGAGGCCAUGGGUCUGUUCUGUCUUAUGAUGGCUUUCCUGCUGCUCUUCGCCUUCUAAGCGGGCACACAUUGAUUGCUCGACCUUGUUUCCUGCGAUCCUGCGUGCGAGUGUGUGAUUGUCGUCUAUUGGUCGGCAGUUGCAUCAGCAUACCAGCGGUAGCAGAGCGAUAGUAACCAACAACAACAACACAACAACUUCAAGCAACAACCAGAACAAACAACAUCAACGUUCGUUUUUCGAUUAUUAAUGAUAUAAUGAUUGAUUGAUUGAUAGCUAACAAGAACAUCCUGUACCACUAUCUAAUUAUAAAUACCAACAACCACAUAAUAUAUGUAAUUUUGUUUUUAAAAAACACUCAACCGAGAUCAUAGUAGUCGCCUAAGGAGCGGAGAACAACCCACACACAUACUUUAAGUUGGAGAACUAAAAUAUCAGCAGUCCAAGGAGAUAGAAUUGGAUAGACGACUUGACACAUUCACGAUCACGAUUAAAACGAGAAGAAAAUCGAACGGCAAAGAUUAAAAUUAGAUUUUAAUUGAAGCAAGCUUCAAGCUCUUAAUUCGGUCUUACCAGCAUCCUCGGAUGGAGUCUACUGGCCGCACCCCUUGCUUACCAAUCCCGGCGUAGAAUCUAUCGCGUCCGCUAACCAAGGCUCUCUCUCUCCCCCCUGCAGUUCUUGGAAAUCGAAGGAAAAUCUAGCGGCAGGCUGAACGUGAAAGAUCACUCCGCUAUGUAACAUCUUGAAUUGGAAGCGAGUGCACGGGUGCGGUCAAGGCUGAAUCCGGGGAUUUUGUGUUGUACCCCAUGCGCGUUAUGGUUCUGCAUAUUUUUCAAUUUAAGUGGCGUGUACUGAAAAACCUAUUGUUUCAAGAGUUUUGUAUCAGUUUCCUUAAUGUAAACGCUAAUUUUAUUGCCACUUAAAAUAUAUUACGGAUAUGUACUAAAAGUAGUUGCAACUGACUUAAGCUGAGCGAAGUUGAAUUGUGAAAUAAAGAAGUGAAUGUGUAAAUGAAUUUAAA